AUGAAGAAGCAACACAGCAAGCAGAAGCAGCAGCAGCUCCUCUGUUUCCUUCUUCCGUAUCUGCUUCUUCUCUCCAUCCCCUUUUGCUGCGAAGCUCGAUUCGUGGUGGAGAAGAACAGUUUGUCGGUGACGUCGCCGGAUAGCAUCAAGGGAGCUCACGACAGUGCCAUCGGCAACUUCGGAAUCCCUCAGUACGGCGGAAGCAUGGCCGGCACCGUGGUUUAUCCCAAGGAGAAUCAGAAAUCGUGUAAAGAGUUCAGCGAUUUCUCCAUCUCUUUCAAGUCUCAGCCUGGUGCUUUACCUACUUUCCUCUUGGUUGAUCGUGGAGAUUGUUUUUUCGCGUUGAAGGUGUGGAAUGCGCAGAAAGCUGGAGCUUCUGCUGUUCUUGUGGCAGAUAAUGUGGAUGAGCCUUUGAUUACUAUGGACACACCUGAAGAAGAUGUUUCGUCUGCCAAAUACAUUGAGAAUAUCACUAUACCUUCUGCUCUUGUCACGAAAGGUUUUGGUGAGAAGUUGAAGAAAGCAAUCAGUGGAGGAGAUAUGGUCAACUUGAAUCUUGACUGGAGAGAAGCUGUUCCUCACCCUGACGACCGUGUGGAGUACGAGUUGUGGACGAAUAGCAACGAUGAGUGUGGGGUUAAGUGUGAUAUGUUGAUGGAGUUUGUGAAGGAUUUUAAGGGAGCUGCUCAGAUUCUUGAGAAAGGCGGUUACACGCAGUUUAGACCUCAUUAUAUUACUUGGUAUUGUCCUCAUGCUUUCACGUUGAGUAGGCAGUGUAAGUCUCAGUGUAUCAACAAGGGGAGAUACUGUGCUCCUGAUCCAGAGCAGGACUUUAGCUCAGGGUACGAUGGGAAAGAUGUUGUUGUUGAGAAUUUGAGACAGCUUUGCGUUUACAAGGUGGCGAAUGAAACCGGAAAGCCUUGGGUUUGGUGGGAUUAUGUCACUGAUUUCCAGAUCAGAUGUCCCAUGAAGGAGAAGAAAUACAACAAAGAGUGUGCUGAUUCUGUUAUCAAAUCUCUUGGAAUUGAUAGUAGAAAACUUGACAAGUGUAUGGGAGACCCUGAAGCUGACUUGGACAAUCCAGUUCUCAAGGAAGAACAAGAUGCUCAGGUUGGAAAGGGGACAAGGGGUGAUGUGACCAUAUUGCCUACCUUGGUUGUCAACAACAGACAGUACAGAGGCAAGCUAGAGAAGAGUGCAGUGCUCAAGGCUCUAUGUUCUGGUUUUGAGGAGACGACUGAACCAGCUAUAUGCCUCAGCAACGAAAUGGAGACAAACGAGUGCUUAGAUAACAAUGGUGGCUGUUGGCAAGAUAAAUCAGCCAACAUAACUGCUUGCAAGGAUACAUUUCGUGGGAAAGUAUGUGAGUGUCCUAGAGUUGAUGGUGUGCAAUUCAAAGGGGAUGGUUACAACCACUGUGAACCGAGCGGGCCAGGGAGAUGCACAAUCAACAAUGGAGGUUGUUGGCAUGAAGAGAGAGAUGGACAUGCAUUCUCUGCUUGUGUGGACAAGGAUAGUGUGAAGUGCGAAUGUCCUCCAGGAUUUAAAGGAGAUGGUAUUAAGAAGUGUGAAGACAUUAAUGAAUGCAAAGAGAAGAAAGCUUGUCAGUGCCCUGAAUGUAGCUGCAAGAACACAUGGGGAAGCUACGAGUGCUCUUGUAGUGGGGACCUUCUCUACAUGAGAGACCAUGACACUUGCAUCAGCAAGACGGGUUCACAAGUGAGAUCAGCGUGGGCGGCCGUUUGGCUUAUAAUGUUAUCAUUAGGACUUGCAGCUGGUGGAGCUUACCUCGUUUACAAGUAUAGGUUAAGGCGAUACAUGGACUCAGAGAUCAGAGCUAUAAUGGCACAGUACAUGCCACUGGACAGCCAAGCCGAGGUCCAAAACCACGUGAAUGAUGAACGUGCUUGA